AUGCAGAUCUUCGUCAAGACUUUGACCGGCAAGACCAUCACACUGGAGGUGGAAUCAUCGGACACCAUCGACAACGUUAAGGCCAAGAUCCAGGAUAAGGAGGGCAUCCCCCCGGACCAGCAGCGUCUCAUCUUCACCGGCAAGCAGCUCGAGGAUGGCCGCGCCCUCGCCGACUACAACACCCAGAAGGAGUCAACCCUCCACCUCGUUCUCCGCCUCCGCGGUGGUCUGUGA